AUGGAUGUUGUGCAGCAGAAACAGGAUAAACAGUUGCAGCAUCAAACACAAGAGCAGCAGCAGAUACGAGAGGACCAGCAGGAAGUCCCACCCCAACGUCCACGACAACAAAACAGAUGGAAACCCUGGUGGAAUUCCACUGCCGACGAUGAGCCAAACACGGGAAGAAUUGCAGAAUAUCCUAAUGGACAAGGAAGGAGUAGUCCGACAACGGAUUUUCAAGAUAGCGUGAACUCGAAUAAUGACAAUAAAGGGAUAUGGUCUAAAAUCGCUUCUUUUGCAACAUCCAGAUAUAGAAGUGCCCCAAUUGUUGUUGAUGAUAAUACCCGCUACUCUCAACUAAACACUGAACAAAUCAACUUCUUGGAAAAUGAGGCUAAGGAUAUAAUUUCAAAAAAGUCGAAAUCAUGGUGUUGGUACGAAGCAAUUCCACAUAUAUCAAAUUCAUCAAACAUAAUUGAUUCCAUAGAUACCCCAGGAAUAAUCAGUGUCUCUGGUACAGGAUCAGCCAAAUGCCCAUUGCCAUUAAACAAAUAUCCUGGGGAGGGAGGUAACCCUGGGUAUAAUGUAUUUAUUAAUGAUUCUUUAAUCCUACCAUCAGAUAACCCUUUGAAUUUUCUGCACGUCCAACCACUAAGAACUAAGGUAUUGAAUACUAUCAAAAAUUACUAUAACUUCCCUAAUGAGCAACAUCUCUAUUUAAGACAAAAAAAAACCGCAUUACUGAAGGAUAAGAGAAUUAUUAUAAUAUCCGUCGUGGGGGAUUUACCAGAAAAGUAUGAGCAGCGCUCAUUAGAAUCACAAAGAUCGGCUUAUUAUCUUUCUAGAAAAUUGUCACAAAAUCUAGCGCAAGAACAACCUCAAAGAGUCUUGACCCUAUCGUUCCAGUGCCCACUGCAUAAUCAAGAUUUAAUACCUACAUAUAAAGAAUGUGUAGAGUUACUGAACCACUGGGCUCAUCUUUUCAAAGAGGUAGAUUCAAUUUUUUUUGUGGGCGUUUAUCACAGCGUUCCCUUAACUUUGCUAUUAGCGAAAUAUAUCGUGCAAAAUAAUGAAGUUCUAGAGUUUGAUGAAAACACUACAGUGAGUGUAUUGAGUUUCCAGUCAUGUUUACAAGGCUAUCGAUUUUGGGACCACAGCACUGACUUUACUAGCAAUAGUUAUAAUAACUUGGGUUCCAAUUCCAGUACUAACGAAAAUGAUAGUAAUGAUCAUGAUUCAAAUAAUGAUUUCACAACGAAGAGCCAACAAAUCAAAGAAAAACAGUUAUUUCAGGGCAUUGACAAAAAGCAACAAGACACAUUAUCUAAAAUCAAAAAUUAUAGGCGGAUAGAUUCUAGUGAAUCUAAACUAGUUCAGGAUGCAUUGGAUUGGCUCUUGUUCAAUUGGGAUACGUUUCGACUGACAUUUUUUGGUAAGCUUUAUGAUAAUUUUAUGACAAUUUCAGAAAAACUUGCUAUAGAUUAUAAUCACCCUAAAAUCUUGAGAAAUUUAUGGUGCAAUGGGAAGUACAUGGGCAUUGAUUUAAAGAAUGCUAAUAAUUUAAACCUUGAUACCGAUGAUGAAGCAACUAGUAACAUUAAUGACGUCCAUGUAAGGACCCCUAAUUUUGAAUCGAGAUUGAAGAUUCCCACCAACAGACUUUUCGAAAUAACCUUAUGGGAUAUUUUGAUGAUAACGGAGAAUUUAGGAUAUAAACAAUUUAUUCCCAUAAUUAAUUUACUAAGUCCUUUUUUUAUUUCAAGGUCAUUUAAUGAUUACACAUUGCCUCCAAAUAUUAGGAAACAGUACCAGAACAGCAACAAAAUCUGGCUUCAAGAAAUGGACAGUAAGUGGAAAAUGAAUGGUCAUCAACUCAAUUACGACCAAAGGGAGGGUGAAAGUCUCGGUUCAUCAUCGGAAUCAUUAUUGCCAGAGAAUAUUUCUACGGUAAAGGAUUUUUUGCAGUUUGUGCAGUAUCAAAACGAAAAAUCUUCGGAUUUCGUAAGGAUAUAUUCAGACAUUUAUGAUGACGAUAAAGUCUAUAAAUGCUUUCUGUACAAUACAAUAUUCACGAAAAACCCAUUAAGUCGUAAGCAUUUACGUUUAAACAUCGACCUCGACACUCCUACAAGCAUAUUGAAUACUGUCAAUCAAUAUGAUUUGGUAUGGAAAAUUCAUGAUUCCUUCUCCAAAUUGAUUCAAUUGAAAAAUUUACCGCAGCGAGAGAUACCACAUGCGUUGAGGCUCUCCAUCUCAUUAAACUGCUUCUUGGAUAGUACCACGAGUACUUCUGGCCCUGUUUUUCAGAGGGACACCGUGGAAGCUUUGAGAAGAUUAACAGAGAUUUGGCGAACUUACCAGGAUUGGUCUCCACCAACAAGGGGUUUGAAACACCUACGUGAUAUCCUGAGCGUUUUAGCCAUGUAUGACAACCCCAAAAACUUGAUUAAUGAUGUUCGACGUACAUAG